AUACCAAAGGAACUUAUAUCCGAAAGUCUCCGAUGCGGUCGAGAAUUAUCCCGCGCGGCUGUCAAGCGGGGAAAUCAACUCGUCCGCAAUGGAGUCAACCUGCAGGCUUGCUCGCCAGCCAUGUUGCAUUUCUUCUCCAGUAAUUUGUCUCCAGAAUCCAAGAAAUCCGCUGAAGUGUCUCAUGAAAUUAUCACUGCCACUAAGUUGUUGCAAAUGAAAGUCUGUUCCUGCACCGGUGUAACCCCAAAUACAUUCAUGUCAUUCCUCGAGAACAACCCUGUCCAAGUAAAGGACAAGAUUCUCUGUCGCACAGUCAGCCCGAUAUGUGGUAAAGACAAGUACCGCUCUAUUGACGGCACUUGCAACAACUUGCAACACCCUAAUUGGGGAAGGCGAGAUGCUCCGUUUACAAGAAUCGCUACACCACGAUAUGCGGACGGCAUCUACGCUAUGCCAGUAGCAACAAGUGGUCGUCCGCUCCCGAACCCUCGCGUGCUGUCCACCCGUCUGUUCUCCGACCAGCCUUUACCCAGCCGAACUUUAACCUACAUGAACAUGCAGUGGGGCCAGUUCGUCACACAUGACAUGGUCUAUCAAGUCAUGGAAACCACUGACGAAGGCGCAAUCCAAUGCUGUUUGGGCGAUGGUACAGACGUCCUACCCUCCGAAUGGCAGAAUGACAAAUGCAUCCCAAUCUGUGUGCAAGAUGACGAUCCAUUCUACAGAUACUACGGCAUACGAUGUCUUAACUUCGUCAGGAGCGUCACUACGCCUAGAGAUGACUGUACAUUGGGAUAUGCGGAGCAGAUGAACACAGUGACCAAUUACUUGGACGGAUCUCAAGUAUACGGUAGCGAAAAGAAGUUGGCGAGCAAGAUUCGCAGUAAACGUGGAGGAAAGCUUAUAGAGGAGAAGAGGGGCGGAUGUAAGAGAGGUUUUCCGCCGUCUGUAAAAGAUAAGACAGCUGUUUGCGAUUUGAGGAAUAUGUCUGACCCUUGCUAUAUGGCAGGAGAUGCAAGAAUAAACCAGACUCCAGGACUCGCCCUAUUGCACACCCUAAUGCUUCGUGAACACAACCGCGUAGCUGAUAUUCUAAGUGGCUUAAAUCCCUUAUGGAAUGAUGAGAAGUUAUAUCAGGAAGCGAGGAGAAUCGUUGUAGCUGAAUUGCAACAUAUAACUUAUCAGGAAUGGCUACCUUUGAACUUUGGAGAAAACUACCUCCGUUACUACCGCAUCUCCCCAUCAACCCUAUACAGUUACGACUAUAGCGACGAUGUUAAUCCUGGCAUCAUCAACAGCUUUGGCGCUGCGGCCUUCAGGUUCCUGCAUUCAAUCAUACCAGACGCAGUCAUGACCUGUCCAGGGGAUUAUAGAACCGCGCAGAUGUAUAAGAUGAGUGAUCACUACUUCAACCCGAGUCUCCUGGAAGUGACACCAACAUCUUUCGAUGAUUUAGUUCGAGGUAUCGUAGCUCAGAGCUCAGCUGAGUCCGAUCCCUUCUGCACGGGAGAGAUCACUAAUUUGUUGUUCAAAUCGUGUAACAAAUGGGGGAUGGAUUUGAUCGCCAUGGACAUACAACGCGGAAGAGAUCAUGGAUUGGCUGGGUAUAAUGAGUACAGGGAAAUUUGCGGACUGACAAGAGCAAAGACUUUCCAAGAUUUCGCGGGAGAAAUGUCUCAAGAUCGAAUUAACGCCCUAGCCAUACUAUAUGAAUCUGUAGACGACGUAGACCUGUUCGUCGGUGGCGCCAUGGAGCAGGAUGUGCCUGGCUCGAUUCUUGGUCACACGUUCCAGUGCAUCGUGGCUGAGCAGUUCUACCGAACGAGGGUUGGCGAUCGCUUCUUCUAUGACAACAGUGAAAUGCCGCAUUCGUUUACGUCGGGUUAG